GCGCGGCCUCUCAGUGUGUCACCGCCGCCCGCUCUGUGCCGACCGCCGUGACCCCCAGCCGCCCUGCAUGACCGGUGCUGCUCAGCACACACACAGCCAGCGUAUGGCGGGGAGGGGGCGCGCUGCUCCCGAGUGCUAGUGGGUGUGAGUGUCGCCUGAUGACUGCCUAUGUGGGCGUAGCCAGAAAUAGCCUGUAGUGACGCCUGAGAGCUGCAGGACGCAGGCCGGGCCCUCAAGAUGGCGGCCAGGGGCGCAACAACCGUGGCCCCACUGUGGCCCCCUCUGCUGUCUCCCGUCAUCCUCUUACUGGUCCUCACGGCCACCUUACACACAGGGCUGUGUAGCGAGGAUGAGGAGAGACUGGUGAGGGACCUCUUCCGUGGCUACAACAAGCUAAUCCGCCCAGUGGAGAACAUGACCAACAAUGUGGACGUGGCGUUCGGUCUGGCCUUCAUCCAGCUCAUUAAUGUGAACGAGAAGAAUCAGAUCAUGAAGUCCAACGUGUGGCUGAGACUGGUGUGGCGGGACUAUCAGCUGAGGUGGGACGCGGCUGACUACGGCGGCAUCAAAGUGCUUCGCCUGCCCCCCGACAAAGUGUGGAAACCCGACAUUGUGCUCUUUAACAAUGCCGACGGUAACUACGAGGUGCGCUAUAAGAGCAACGUUCUGAUCUACCCCCACGGCGAGGUGUUGUGGGUGCCGCCGGCCAUCUACCAGAGCUCCUGCACCAUCGACGUGACGUACUUCCCCUUCGACCAGCAGACGUGUCUCAUGAAGUUCGGCUCGUGGACCUUCAACGGCGACCAAGUCUCCCUCUCCCUCUACAACGACAAGGACUUCGUCGACCUCUCCGACUACUGGAAAUCUGGCACCUGGGACAUCGUGGAGGUUCCCGCCUUCCUCAACGUGAUACCCAACAACCCGAAGGAGACCGACAUCACCUUCUACAUCACCAUCAGGAGGAAGACCCUGUUCUACACCGUCAACUUGAUCCUGCCCACGGUCCUCAUCUCCUUCCUGUGUAUCCUCGUGUUCUACCUGCCCGCGGAGGCUGGGGAGAAGGUGACCUUGGGCAUCUCCAUUCUCCUCUCCCUGGUCGUGUUCCUGUUGCUGGUGUCGAAGAUCCUCCCGCCGACCUCUCUGGUGCUUCCUCUGAUUGCCAAGUAUCUCCUCUUCACCUUCGUCAUGAACACCGUCUCGAUCCUCGUCACCGUCGUCAUCAUCAAUUGGAACUUCAGGGGACCGAGAACUCACCGGAUGCCGAACUGGAUUCAAGUGUUGUUCCUCAAGUACCUUCCCAUUAUGCUGUUCAUGAAGCGGCCCAAGAAGACGCGACUCCACUGGAUGAACGAGAUGCCUGGCCAGUCCCUCUCACCCAUGGCGGCAGGCGCGGUGCCCCCCCACCACCACUACGGCUCCCCGGAGAUCGACAAGGGCACUGGCAAGAUUGAGCACAUGGAGAUGUCUAACAUUCACCACCCCAACUGCAACCUCAACCAAUCAUCUCCCAUUUUCCAGAUGCCGCGACGUGAAUCCGAAAAUUCCGACUCCCUCUUCAUCACCCCCGAGGCGUACAAGGCGACGGAGGCCGUGGAGUUCAUCGCCGAGCACCUGAGGAACGAGGACCAGUACAUCCAGAUCCGCGAGGACUGGAAGUACGUGGCCAUGGUCAUCGAUCGCCUUCAACUCUACAUUUUCUUCGCCGUCACCACCGCCGGCACCAUCGGCAUCCUCAUGGACGCCCCGCAUAUAUUUGAGUACGUCGAUCAAGACAACAUUAUCGAUACUUAUAGAGGGAAGUGAACUAGCAAGUAUUACAAAGUUGGCAUUCACGUGUAUAAUUCAAAACGGAUAAAAAAUAAUAAGAAGCAAAGCAAAUGAAGUGGAUACGAAAGCUUGCAAGCUCAAGUGGGAAUGUGCCAAAUGUUGAAUGAAGGAGAACGCGAGAACACAAGCAAAGAAUAACCCAAAACGAUCCUGUGAGUAGCUCUGCUUGUCUCCCGCUCCUUCUCUGUUCAUUUUCCUCUCCUUCUCUGUCCCAGGAUCAGGCGCGGAAAGCUUACUAAGUCGUUCUCUGGAAGGCGAGGGGGAAAGCAAAAGAUUGUGAUAUAUCAUGAGCGACGGUCGCUGAUACAACACCAACUAAGUUAAGAAAAUAUAUAAUUAUAUAUGAAUAUAAUAUAUAUAAAAGUUCAAAGUACUCUUUAAUCAUGGUGCCAGUUCUGUAUGUGAUUUUGGUUGUGUUUCAAUCAGUAUUCUGGGUGGGAUGUGGGGACGCGGGCGGGCUCCAGUGCACAGCGGCGGGCGAGGCGGGCGGGACACACCGAGAGGAGCCCCGCCCUGCCCUCCCCUCCCUCGGCCGCCCCGGAGCUGGCUCGUCGUGGUGACCGCCAGUCCACCUCCUCUACCCACGUGUGGCUUGUCCAGCACUCCUCCACUGUGGACCGAUGACUCUUAGGUUGUCUGUUAGGUUACGUGUCUCGACGAGUUUGCAUUCCUACUCCACACUGAACUCCUCCCUCUCCACUCUCAUGCCCAAGGAUAAUUACAGGAGUAUACACUUGCCCAACCAGACCUUUGUAAGGGUUAUCGUAUCAUGGUUAUUUUCAUUUUGGAGACUUCUGGCAUCAGUGCUCAAAAUAGAUAGCAGAGCCAGCGAUGAUGUGUGUGUGUGUGUGUGUGUGUGUGUGUGAGAGAGAGAGAGCGCCCCGAACGUGUGUGUGACUGCAGGCUUGCGUCCAUACUUGUGCGUUUCGUUGCGUGCGUGUGCGAGGCUGUCAAAAUACUACUAGAACAGGAGCGUGCGAUGCCGGAGCAACUACGGAAAGACGAUCUGAGGUGUUUCUCGUUCACGACCGGUGCGUGCGUGCGGGCGCGUCCAGACCUCCUGUCACACGUCAGCUCGAAGAGACGCUUCAGGACUGAACAAUCAGGAUAAAGACUAGACGUUUGUAGUUUUUCAUAGGUGCAAAGUUAGUGACAUGUUUCAUAUGUUUACAUAUAUAAAGAUAGUCAUUAAGUGAAUUUGUAUGUAAAUUAUAAUUAACAUGAUUUUGAAGUCUAUGCUCAAGACACACUACUUGCUGCAGUCCGAGGCUGACGAGGAAAAAGAAGUCAGCUUAGUCAGUUAACAGGCGGCUUGCAUCUUAGCGGAGCGCAGUGCUUGUCUUUCCAUUAUUAGCAUGGACAAUAGACGCUAUUUUGAUUGAAAUAUUAAAAAAAAAGCAACAAAAAUAUGGAUGAAAAAAUUUAUAUUGUCUUGCUCACAAUUAUAGGUGCAAUUGAUUUCCCUUGUCUUGGGUAGCUACAAUGCUUCGAUAAGUGUGAACUACAUGGCAUUUCCGGCCCCUCGAGGCUUGCUUCACGCUUUCCUGGCAGAGCCUCCGCCUCCUCCUUCUCCUCCCCCGCCGCCGAGGCCUCCCCCCUUCACGCGCGGUGCGGGAGCCCACUUUUAGGAGGCCGGGUGUACUCAGAACUGGGCUCUUUACAAAAAAAAAAAAAGUGUAUCGUUAACCACAUCAUUAUUCCUAUUAUUAUUAUUAUUAUUACUGUAGAAAUGUUUUGCUACUUCGUUUUUUUGUCUCAAGUUCUGUUAUUUCCGUGCGUCUUCUCGGUUGUAAUGUUUCUGACCCCUCUGCAACACUCUUCCGUUCCCUCCCUCGGUGUUACAAGUCAAUGUGUUCUCGUAGCGCUUUGUGUUGGCCUUGACGAUGUUUCGCGGCUAGUUUUAAGUGGUACUCAACAGGUUACGGGUACUGGAUUUUCCUAUCAAUGCCAUGGUACCUUUAACUGCUAAGAAACACAAGAGCAAAUAGUUCUUAUAUUCUUCACAGGCUAGAUUAUGGUUACUUAUUCCUUCAGGUUGUGUUUUAGUCUCGAAGUCUGAGUUCCCCGUGACUGGUUUGCAUCUUCUGUUGUUUUUUUUCCCUUCAAGACUUGGGUGUGACUUCCUGACUCAGCAAACACAGGUAGUAAUUGUACCUUGACCCGCGCGGCGAGCGUCCCGGCCCGCCUGUCCCUCCCUGCUGUCUGUAUGUUAGUGGAAUCAAAAUAACGAGGCUCUCUUCUCUCAAUCCAGUGGAGUAAAUAAUACGUGUCUGUUGCGAGAGUUUUCGUUCAUAUAAAAAAACUUUAAACGAGCUGAAUAUAUGAUAAGCUCUUUCUUCGUUGUGUGUUGUAUUCGUUUGUUUGUUUGUGACGAGAUGUUUGCAAGAGCAGCACCUGAAUUCCAAAAUUUCUGACUGAAUGAAUAUACUUGUUUGUGUUCCAUGUUAAGCUGUAGUGAAGUGCAGACUGAACAGUGAUGAAUGCAAUGCUUCACUCUCACGUGUUCCGCGGACAGCGAGGACACGAAGCUGUCGAUUGGCACUCCUGAACACUGCUACGUUAGUGGUACUUCACUGUUAUCCAGAGACACUAAGACGUUACGAAGGGAGUAAGGUGUUCCUUGAACAUUAUUUUGAUAUAAUAUUUCCACGUUGUAUUGAAAGUUAUGAAACAAUCGUGGAAGUAGGAGUGUUUGUGUGUAUGUGAUUUAAACUUAAUAUUUUGAUACUGUAGGUAAGGUUCUGAGGUGUUCGUCUCUGCGCUGAGCAGCCAAGCAUGCAAGAAGAAACAGGCGUCCGCCACACCGAGACCUCUUAGCCUAGAAGGUCUUGCGCCACCCGGCACCCGCGCCUGGAAGAAGAUGUCCUGUGGCCAAGGAUGUAUUGUGUCUAUUUUUUUCUGCGGUUGUUUUAUAUUUCCACCGGAGAAAGCUCAUUCUAACUCCAACCAGCGUCCCGCGCAGACCACCCGGGGCAGGUGCCGCCCCGCGGGGCCUCGCCUCUCCCGCCGCCGAGGCCGGUGCUGGGCGGGGCGAGACGGGGCGGGGCGGCGCACAGGUUAGACUGGGUUUCGUUCUGGCGAUCCUGAACCUUAUAAACUUCCCGCUGCAUACGCUGUAAAUGCUAAAAGGCUUUCUGAUUUAGAAAUAGAUUUAUUAUCUAGUGUUUGUUUGUUAGACAUACCCAUCUGAAAAUAUAAAACCUUAGAAGUUAUAAGAAUUCUAAAGGAAGAAUAAGUUUAAACCCAUAUCCGGCUUCGUAACUUGUAGCCCAUUAUUUCCCACACCGUUAUAGUGACGCUUCAUUCUGCUGUUUCGAAUGGAAAGUCGGGAUAUCCUCCUCACCUCUGAUUUGUCCGCCACACACAGCAACCACCGGAGACCAAGGUUACUUAGAUCUUGCCGGAGACCACGACGCGAGAGUCACGUCACACAGGCCAUCUUGUCUUGCCCUUAGUCCAUAGACUGAGGUCUUGCCGCGCUGGCGACGAGGCGCGCGAAGCCACCUGCACGGCGGCCAUCGGCCCUGCACCACUAAUGAGCUUCUGACCCCGCUGACUCCAUUGGAAACUUCACGGGUUUGUUUAUUCACAAUACGUGUACUUCGGGGUCGGUGUUAUCACUCGACCACACGUCUCCAUCUUAGAUACGAUAGAACUGUUAUGUGAGAGGCAAAGGGCGGCCGCCACAGUCCCUGCCUGUGUAGGCCGCGUCGGAUGCAAGGCGGCGGGCAGAGCCAGCCAGCACCCGCGCCUGUCAGAGAUGCAUCCCGCCCGGCGUCCGGAGAGUCCCAGGCAUCCGACCGUCAGCUUGUCUUCACCCUGAGCACUACUAGGGCACGUGACGAGGAAUGACAAAUGUUUCUUUAGGUUAUGCAAAUGUUUCUUCUUUCGUCAGUUUUGUAUUCGUGCACAUGUGUUGUAUUCGCUCGUUUUAUUCUUCAAGAUCAGUUAUGUUACACAACACACACACACACACACACACACACACACACACACACACACACACACACACACACACACACACACACACACACACACACACACACACACACACAUUGCUUACACAUGGUCCAGCUACAUUCUCGGCAACUUCCUGUCAAAGCUGAAAUGUUAUAGUUAAUGUUAUAAGGAACAUUGUAUAUUAUUUUAUGUGAAUGAUCCGUGUUUUAAAAAGCUUUUAAAAAUUCUAUGAGAAAUAUACGUUUGCAUAACGUUUCAUAACCACGUUUACCCUUAAUACAUGUACACACCAUUCUUGCACGUACCCUCGGAUUUACACUUCAAUCAUUGGUAUGGCUUCGGAAAGGACAAUCAUAUGUAUCACCAAACCUGUAAUUAGUCGACGGGCAGAGUCUGCAUAAAAAGAUCGCCCUCAUUAUUUUCCUCGUUUGAGUUCUGCAUAUUGUCUCCGAUCUCCCUCAUGGAUCGCUGUAUGUAUAUCGUUUCCUUGUUUCCCUGCGAUGAAUGUGUUGGUGGCAGCCCCGAGCAAGAGCUUCCUCGCAAUCUCUUAAACUCUUGUUUCUCGUAAAGUUGAAUGAAAACGAAAAUUUCUUGGCCAUGUAUCCUGUGUGUGGAUCAGGCUGUCUCACCAGGCACCCAUUUCCAAACAGAAGCUUGGCAGGCGUUGGUUUUGGGUUACCUGCGCCGCUGCAGCUCAGCGCCGGUGUUCCCUCGGCCAUGACUCUGCUCGGUGUGGCCCAGCAAACUGUCGAUGCUGUAAGGCCGUCAGUGUCGUUCCGAGUGGUUCUAGCACAAAAAAACUACAACAGUUAUUAAAGCAACAACAUACAUUUCUAAUUUUCAUUAAGAAUCAACCAAAGUUCCAAUCGAUCAAUCAAGUCACGUCGUCUCUACCUGGAUUAUUUGCUACCCGCGUUAGCCUCCCCACGAGGUGAAGCUCUUCCUCCCCGCGGCUGCGUCACUGAGUGUUCGUAUUUGUUCUUCGAGACAUUACUUGGUGCAAAUGGGAAGCGUUGCUUCCAGAGAUACAACAGUCUUACUAACUCCAUACAAACGUUUAUCAUGGUUACCCUCAUGAAAUCUUAUCGACUACCAAUAGCGAUAUUUUCAUUUGUAUUUAUACAAGAAUGCUUAAUUUUCAUUAGCUUAAUUUAACUUAUUUUCUUGUAUUGUAGAGCGCAUGAAAAUAGUGGGCUUUGAAAUAUAGGGAAUAUCAUAAGGAAAACCAUUAAAAAAGCGGCUAUCUCUGUUCAAGUAUGCUACGUGAUGGAAUUUCACUGCUCAAUGAUAUCCUCUUUCUUGUGGCCGGCGUCACGCCUGCCCGCGGCCCGCACGCCCCGGCCCGCUAGUCCUCAUCCCAUCAGCCCAGCAGAUCACCGCCCCGCCGUAGACACUGGGUCAGGAGCCUGGACUGGGCGCCACCUCUACACCACCCGCUGUCAUCAGGCCGGGGCGUGCAGGCUGCCUCGGGGCGGGGCGGGCGCCUCGCCCACCAGCGGUAAGGUGUCCGCCCCGCCGUCGCCACUCGAGCCCCCUAGCGCCCCUGGGGUAACGCACAUCCCCAAGCGUUAUCCUGACGGCGCUACGGACCUCCUUCCCCUCCCUUCCCACGGCUUGCGCUACCGUCACGAGGCUUACUUGGCCCCCUCCCCACCCAGCGCUAGCCACUCUAUAGAGACGUAGGAGAUCUAACAUUUUGUAUAGUGUAUAUAACUACGUUGUUUUAAGCAAUAAAAGCUGUUUAAGAGAA